CACCUCUUCGAAUUUAUUUCUGGGUUUAACCGAGGACGUAACAACAGGCGACGAAUAGAAAGAGGAGAGACUUUAAUAAUGGCAGGUAUUGACGGAGAGGAAAAUCAGAGGGAUACGUGCAUUAUUCAUUGUCAAGAUCCUUCUUUAUCACCAUCUUUCCCCAUCAGCCUCAAGUUCAUCGACGUGUCCUACAAGGUGAAGAUCCAUGACAGUGGCGGCUACUCUGCCGGCCUCAAGCGCCUUCUUGGAAUGGGAUCCACGGCUACGGUUGAGGAGCGAACCAUCCUCAGCGGCGUCACCGGCAUGGUUUCUCCCGGAGAGAUCCUCGCCGUUCUUGGACCCUCUGGGAGCGGCAAAUCGACGCUCCUCAACGCCGUCGCUGGGAGACUCCGCGGACCAGGUCUCACCGGCAAAAUCCUCGCCAACGACAGAAAACUCACCAGGCAGAUCAUAAAACGCACUGGAUUCGUCGCCCAGGACGACCUUCUCUACACUCACCUCACCGUCCGUGAAACCCUAGUUUUCUGCUCCUUGCUCCGGCUCCCGAGAACCCUAACCAGAGCCGAGAAGGUUAGAACAGCGGAGUCGGUGAUAUCAGAGCUUGGCCUGACGAAAUGCGAGAACACCGUCGUCGGAAACAGCUUCAUCAGGGGAAUUUCCGGCGGAGAGAGGAAGCGGGUGAGCAUCGCGCACGAGCUGCUCGUGAAUCCGAGCCUCCUUGUCCUGGACGAGCCCACGUCAGGGCUGGACGCCACGGCGGCUCACAGGCUGGUGCAGACGCUGGUGACGGUGGCUCACGGGAAGGGGAAGGCGGUGGUGACGUCGGUGCAUCAGCCGUCGAGCCGCGUGUUUCAGAUGUUCGACUCGGUGCUUCUUCUUAGCGAAGGGCGGUGCUUGUACUUCGGCACGGGCGGAGACGCCGUCUCCUACUUCGAGACCGUCGGCUUCUCGCCGGUGUUUCCAAUGAACCCGGCGGACUUCCUCCUCGACCUUGCCAACGGAAUUUGUGAGGUGGAUGGGGAGGGGCCGAACGUGAGGCAAACCCUAGUCACCGCAUACGAUACUCUUAUGGCUCCAGAGGCUAAGAGGAGCAUUGAAGCAGCCGUGGCAUUGGCUCAUGAAAACCCGGGCUUUAUCACGGGGAAAGAGCGGCGACUAAACCUUGGUAAAUGGUUCAGCCAACUCUCCAUUCUCCUCCACAGACUCUUCAGAGAACGCCGCCACGAUUCCUUUGACGGCCUUCGCGUCUUCCAAGUUGCCGCUGCUUCUCUUCUCUCCGGCAUCAUGUGGUGGCACUCUGAUUACCGCCAUUUACACGACCGCCUCGGGCUUCUCUUCUUCAUCACCAUCUUCUGGGGGGUACUUCCGUCCGUCAACGCUGCAUUCAUAUUCCCUCAAGAACGCGCCAUUUUCUCUCGAGAACGCGCUUCUGGGAUGUACACUCUCUCUCCCUACUUCAUGGCUCACAUCCUCGGAUCGCUAUCCAUGGAGCUCGUCCUCCCCAUGGCUUUCUUAACGCUAACUUACUGGAUGGUUGAUCUCAAACACGGUCUUUCAGCCUUUCUCCUGACCCUCGCAGUACUCUUGCUGUACGUCGUGGCCUCACAGGGCCUCGGCCUCUUGUUUGGUGCAGCGAUCAUGGACGCAAAAAAGGCCUCCACGAUCGUGACGGUGACGAUGUUAGCGUUCGUUCUGAUCGGCGGUUACUACGUUCACAAGGUGCCUGCGUGCAUGGUGUGGAUGAAGUACGUGUCCACGACGUUCUACAGUUACCGCCUCCUGAUCGACGUGCAAUACGGACGCGGCGACGAGAUCUUUAAGGCCAUCGGGUGCUGGUCAGAGGGUCGCCGGAGAUUCGACGGACAGUGCCGAUUCGUGGAGGAUGAGGUGGUCGCAGAUAUUGGGCCGUGGAAGAGUGUCGGUGUUUUGUUGUUGAUGAUUGCUGGAUACAGAGUAUUGGCGUACUUGGCUUUGAAGCGGAUCAAACAUUAAUUAAAUAUAUGAACGUAACAACCUAAAUUUUGAUUUAUCACUACUUAUUGACAUACACACAUUCAGUCAUUCGGAUGUAUUUUGUAUACAAGACAAAAUCAUUCAGAUUCUAUAUGCUCUGUUUGUCCAUGUCUGGUUGAUUUGAAUUAAAGGUAAGGUAUAACAUUUUCUG